AUGAAUUUUCAAUAUUACUAAGUAUAAGUUAUUAAAGUAAAAGAAGAAAAGCUUUUUUAGCUAUUGUUAAGUGCUCCUUAGUCCGUGUGUAUAAAUAAACUAGCCUCCUUCUACCCCUUGAAAGGCUAAACAGACUGUCUUAAUACUAUCAUGAUAUUGAUCCUGAUAUCAAGUACCUUUGGUUCUGCCCACCAGCUUUAGUGUGUUAUGUUUGACUAUACACGGAAGUACAUGGAAGAUGCUCUUCUGCAUUGGCAGUGGUUUGGUACCUCCACCCUUCCUUCUUUGCUUCUGUAGGGGAGAAUAUUUUCAUAUGUGACCGUAGUAAUAACAUUGUGUUUAUUGAUAAACACUACUUAAUAACAAGGAAUCAUUUAUGGAAAGAUGCUUGAGACAUCUUUGUGUGAUUCUUCUUCCCCCCCCCCCCGCCCCCCAUCAUAGAACAUAUUAUUUAUAGCACAGUGAUUAAGAGUAGAAUUCUGGAGCUAGAUUGCCUAAUAAUUAUAGUCUUGUGGCGGAGCUUCAAUAGUUGUUAUACAUAGAUUUCUGAAAACAGUGCCUGAUACAUACCACGCUCUCUGUGUUAGUGGUGCCUCUUGUCACCACUGCCGCCGCCUCCUCCACCACCCCCAUCACGAGUAAUUUUUUGUUGUUUUUAUCAUAUUGCCAUUUUAGGGAUUCUGUGGUUUCUGUUUCUACAAAAUGGAAAGUUUUUUUCUUGGGUAGAUAUUCUGAGCAUAUUUAAAGGAGUAUUUUUCCACUUAGCAUGAUUCUGAAGCAGUCAUCUUUAUCAUUAAUAGUCGAGUAUGUGCAUAACUGAUCCAGUUUUUCUCUUAGCUGUUGUAUUCAAAGCUUUUGUAAAUAGUGUAUUUUAGAUCCUGUGGAUAAUUGAACUUGGUAUAGAAUGGGAUUUCCACUAUAUAGUUUAUAGAAAUUGCAUAGUAAAUACUGAAAUGGUGUGAUAUGGGACUAUUAGGGUGAACAGUUUUCACAGCCUCUAUAUUGGAUUAGUUAAAAGAAGAGAAUAAUGGCAAGAUUAAUAUGAUAGCAUUCAUACACCCCUUGGUUAGCAACGUCUGAACCCAGAGAGCCUUGAUCACAAAAUCACGAUUUUGAGUCUCAACCAAAGUGAGGAUAUAUGAAAGGAGUUUUCAGUAGGAUUCAGCUGCUGUCCAUCAUGAUGCUGGGUAAACGGAAAGUGCUUUGUACACACCCAUCCUCCCACACACCACACAGAGCCUCUUUUGGGUUAAUGCUCUUGCAGCUGGUUUGCACAUAUCUGUAUCUACUGCAAGUCUUCCUUGCCGAUAGCAGCUUGCCCAAAGGAGACAGCUCUAGUGAGCGCUGCCCUUUCUUCACCGUGGAAUGGCUAUUUCUGCUCUCCAGGAAUAGCCAUCCUCUUCCUCCCCUCCAACUCAACAGUUUAGACAGCUGGCUAAUUGGAUAAGAAAGUAGCUUAGGGAGAACUUGUUAAUGGGGAUUUUACCUGGUUUAGCAGCUUCUGCACCUGAGUAUAUCAGGAAAAGUCUUUUUGUUUGUUGGUUUGUUUGUUUGUUUUUGUUUUUGCUGGCAAAGAAUAAUGGAUCCCUUUAAUAGUUGGACUACAUACAAAUUAUACAAGUGGAAUUGUUAACAGUUAACAUCUUAAUUAUUUCUUAGAUGCUUAUGAUGGAGGAGAAAGAAGGGUAUAAUCCUUAUUAUGCAUGUAAGGGCUGUUUGUAUAUUAGGUGGGCUCAUAAAACAAAUCUCUGGUUUCUUGUAUGUAUAACUUGGUUGGUUCUAUGAAGUUUUAUUUUUUAAAAAAGGCGGUUGUACUGCUCUUUCUUGGUAAAAAAGUCUAAUCAACAGAAUGAUGAUAUCUUUUUUGUGUGUGUAAGGUUUAUAUGUCAGCAACUAGGAUGACCCGCACAGCUGGUUAAAUAGGUAAACACCAGGGCAUUGCCUCCUGUAUGUUAUGGAGUACUAGAUUUUUAAGUGGCAAAAUCUCUUUAGUGGUUGUGAAUUUACCUAAGUAUUGAUCCAUAUGAGAUUCCAAUAGGAGUGUCUGAUUAAACUAAAGGAAACUAAUGCUUUUCAUAUGUGAUGGUCUUUUCUCUCACAGUAUGCUUUGGACUUUAUCGGCAUGGAAAAGACUGGAGCCAGUUGCAGUGGUUCACCUGUAGGAUUCUUCCUUCGUUAAAGAGUGAAAAUCCAAGCCUGACAAUUGAAAAGCUCCAAGAGCAACUUAGAGAUAAGGAAAAGCAGAUGAGCAGCUUGAAGGAGCGAGUCAAAUCCUUGCAGGCUGACACCACCAACACUGACACCGCCUUGACUACUUUGGAGGAGGCCCUUGCCGAGAAGGAGCGGACAAUCGAACGCUUAAAGGACCAGCGGGACCGAGAUGAGCAAGAAAAGCAGGAGGAAAUUGAUAACUACAAAAAAGAUCUUAAAGACCUGAAAGAAAAAGUCAGCCUGUUGCAAGGCGACCUCUCAGAGAAAGAGGCUUCACUCUUGGAUCUGAAAGAGCAUGCUUCUUCCCUGGCUUCCGCAGGAUUGAAAAAGGACUCACGGCUUAAGACACUAGAAAUUGCUUUGGAGCAGAAGAAGGAAGAGUGUCUGAAGAUGGACUCGCAGUUGAAAAAGGCACACGAGGCAGCAUCGGAAGCCAGAGCCAGUCCAGAGAUGAGUGAUCGAAUACAGCAAUUGGAGAGAGAGAUUGCCAGGUACAAAGAUGACUCUAGCAAGGCCCAGGCAGAAGUUGACCGCCUCUUGGAAAUCUUGAAGGAGGUGGAAAAUGAGAAGAAUGACAAAGAUAAGAAGAUUGCUGAGUUGGAAAGUCUCACCUCAAGGCAAGUGAAAGACCAGAAUAAGAAGGUAGCAAACCUGAAGCACAAGGAGCAGGUGGAGAAGAAGAAAAGCGCGCAGAUGCUGGAGGAGGCCCGGCGCAGGGAGGACACCCUCAGCGACAGCUCCCAGCAGCUGCAGGACAGUCUCCGUAAGAAGGAUGACAGGAUUGAAGAGCUGGAAGAAGCACUAAGAGAAAGUGUACAGAUAACUGCAGAGCGAGAGAUGGUGCUGGCACAGGAGGAGUCAGCCAGGACCAGUGCUGAAAAACAGGUGGAGGAGUUACUGAUGGCCAUGGAGAAGGUAAAACAGGAGCUGGAGUCCAUGAAGGCGAAGCUGUCCUGCACUCAGCAGUCACUGGCAGAGAAGGAAACUCAUUUGACCAACCUUCGGGCCGAGAGAAGGAAACACUUAGAGGAAGUUCUGGAGAUGAAGCAGGAAGCCCUUCUGGCCGCCAUCAGUGAAAAAGAUGCCAAUAUAGCUCUUUUGGAGCUUUCAUCCUCAAAGAAGAAGACCCAGGAAGAAGUGGCUGCCCUGAAGCGGGAGAAGGACCGGCUCGUGCAGCAGCUCAAGCAGCAGACACAAAAUCGAAUGAAGCUCAUGGCCGACAAUUAUGAGGAUGACCACUUCAGAUCCUCCCAUUCCAGUCAAACCAAUCAUAAACCCUCCCCAGACCAGAUCAUCCAGCCCCUCUUAGAACUUGACCAAAACAGAAGCAAACUAAAGUUGUACAUUGGACACCUGACAGCCCUCUGCCAUGACCGAGACCCCCUGAUCCUUCAAGGACUCACUCCACCAGCUUCCUAUAACUUGGACGAUGACCAGGCAGCAUGGGAGAAUGAGCUGCAGAAGAUGACCCAGGAACAGCUUCAGAACGAGUUAGAGAAGGGUGAGCGGGACAGCUCAGAGCUACAGGAGUUUGCCAACGCCAUCCUGCAGCAGAUAGCAGACCACUGCCCCGACAUCCUGGAGCAGGUGGUCAGCGCCCUGGAAGAGUCAUCGUGACCGUCUCCGUGGGGAGCGGCCAGCCCAGUAGCCCGCUUGAUGAGCCCAGGAGCCGAGAAGGAAGAAGUACGAGGAGGGGGCGCUCAGACGGCUCUUGGCAGCAAACACACACUCCAGACUCUGCCCUGUCUUGGUUAGUCCCGCGAGUGUGGCUCCAGCACCGUUUCUGCGUCUGUCUUCCUAUCUUCUGCUGUUGUCUCUGCGCUAAUUGUCCUGCUGUCCAGGGUGGGUGAGUGGCCGAGCCUCCGUGGAGAGCUGCCGUCCAGCCAUCAGCAGUGACACCGUGGACGCGGGCGGCUGUGCCCUGACAGAGGGACACGGGGGAGAGCCCUCCUCCCUUCUGUCCGUGGCGUGAGGACUAAGUCUGGACCCUGCAGAGCUCAGCUCACUGAGAGAUGCCUUCCCUGCAGACCAGGGUGCCGCGUGUUCUAAUGUCACAACAGGUGCUUUCUCGUAAAAGGGUAAAAAAGACAAAAAACAAUCUCAAAAAGAGUGUUAAAAAAAGAGACGGUGGGGAGAGAGAGCAGGGACAGAGAGCCGACCGACUCUUCUCUUUCCCGCCGUCCUGGUUGCUCUCCACGAGGGCCGCCUGUGCGGGACUGCGGGCGGGCUGCGCCGGGGCUCGGAGAUCCUGGCCUCCGGGCCUCACUGGUCCCUGCGCUUCUCCUAGCCUCUGGCGCGAGUCCCUCUCGUUGAGGACCUUUGGCUUGGUGUGUCAGAUCACAUCUGUCACUGACAGAGAAGAGGGCAGUGUGGUCACCCCUGCAGCUCUGCUUCUGUGGAAGGCGACCGGUCCUCAGGGUCAGGCCGGCUUCUCCCAAACCCCUCCCUCGUCAGCAGUCUAGGCCCCAAAGCGUGCUUCUGCCUCGCCCCAGCGCCCGUGCUCCCCGCUCAGCGGCCCAGCCUCCCCCCUUCAGCUUUCCUCCUGGUCCAGAGCUUCUGCUUCGGAUGAGUGUUUCUCAUCCCACACGCGUUCCUUCCCCCUUUCUUUCAUUCGGAUAAUCGUUACGAAGUGCCUACUGUGUGCAAGUCGCUGUCGGACACCCAUCCUGGAAGAAAGCCUCUCUGCAGGGAGGGAGGGCAGUCGAGGAUUCUGUGAGACCCACCUGGUCAAGUCAGAACAGUACAAGGCAUACCCUUCCCCUCCCCCAUCUUAAUAGAAGGUAUCUUUUCCAGAAAAAUCUUCCACAAAUCAGCAUUUCUCGUUAUAAUGGAAUUUAUGGGUCGUGGGGGGCAGAGGGCUGAGUCCCUUACUCGCCUGCAGGAUCCCAUCUGGUGACUCGGGAUUCGGGGUUUUGUCCCCUGAGAGAGUGGACUGUUUAAUGGGCUGCGCAACGGUGGAUGGUGUUUUCUCCACACGUCCAGGUGCACCUUGUCGAACUCGGCCAGGUCCAUGUUGCAAAUCAGAAAAUUGACCCCAAAGUUGCAAAUCCUGUGGAAGGUAUUGACAUCUUCCCCGAGCGUAGACAAUGGCAGUCUUAAGUAUCAGGCACCAAGAAGUAGACCACUUCACCCAGCUCUGUAGCCCUUUGACCACCUCUCUGGCCAGACACCCACCAGACACUCACAUCCUGAUAAGAGUUGCUGGGCUAGAUGGGUCUGUCUUGCGUUCUCUCCUUUCUCCCCCCAAGUUCUCCGAUGCUGCCUGUUAGGUCCUCACAGCCGUCAGUCCUGUAUCUUCCCGCCAGCAGCCUGUGACUGUGCCAUUAACCUAUAUGGUCACAUCUCCAGCUGCCCUGACUCCCUGCCGUAAAACAAGCUCUCCCUGUGAGAAGCUGUGCAGUGCUCCUUAUCGAAGGUUUAAAUGGACUCUGCUCAUAAAUUUCUUACUGAGAUGCUUCCUGACAGCCAGGCUGGCCGGAGAGGGGGUGCAGCGGAGGUUAGACAGUAAGUGGUGGCCGUUUGUGGUCAAUUACCUCAGUCCCAUUUAUUUAUGGCACGGCCCAUAAAUCACGUAGGAAGCCCCCAGUAUUUUAGGGCUGGAGUCUCGGAAUCUCACGCUGUCCACCACAGUGCAAGACCUGCGGUAGAACGACACCCUCCCCGGGACCUCAGCAGACAGGGAGCGGGAGCAGAGGCCCCUUGCAGAGCAGCGGCGGGCCUGGCCGGCUUUCCUCCAGCUGCUCUCCCGGGUCCUGCUGACUCCACGUUACCCGUCAGAUGCCAUCCCUGCCACCUGCCCUGCUGCCUGCUCUCCUUCCUGUGCUUCCCCUCCAGAGCCUUAUGGGAUUCCUCUGGGCAAGUGCUUCUGAGAAGAACAGUUUCUGGGCAGACGCCAUCUGUCUGUCUCUGAACCACAGCGGGACUCUCCUCGGUGCGUCUUGGGUGGUCAUCCUAGCAUCUCAAAUGGUUCUAGGGGCUGUUUGGUCCUGGAUGAAAGUCGGCUCUGGCUAAAGUUUAAGAGUGAACAAGGACCUGCCUUUAUACCACAGGCAAAGUUAACAUAGUUUCUAGCAUUUAGAGUGUCUUACUAAGUUUAGGUCAUUCCUUGAGCCAACAUUUGCUAAAUGCGCAAUUCCCAUCACACGAGGUCUGUCGUUCCGUGACCUCUUCUGAUAUUCGUGGUUUCACAAGUUCAUGGAGCUGCUACCGAAGAUCUGUAACCUUGAAAACUCACUGCGGGUUACCUGUGAUGUUCACCAAACUCCUCCAUCCCAUUGGCAAGUCUCGUUCCCCUUAGCACCUGAAGCUCUGUACCCAGAUCAAAGUCAUCAUGAAGGGGGAAGCAAGAGGGGGGUGGGUGGCAUCCGCCCUGGGGCUCAGGACAGAAGAAGGACAAUGCGACCGUCUCCUCUUCCCACGUACCUCCAUCCCAGGCGUUCACUGAGCUCUUGAUGCAGCGUCUGGAUUGAGAUUUGCAAGGACUUGGAUACCGUUUGAAAUGGAAAAGAUUUUAAGUGGGCUUUAACAUGUGAAGAAAUGUGAAUGGGAAUCCCCAAAUCCAUCUCGGCUCUAACCUUGACCGUGUACCUUACCAUCUGAAGGCUCCUCUCUUCCUGACACUUGGGCUUUAGAAAUACUAGUGAAGCAGACGGGACCCGAGGCACCUCCAGUGUGGAUGGCGGCAACGGGGCUCGGCCCUUUGUGUCCAUAAGGGUCUGUUGGGUUUUCCGCAGGAGCCACUGGCUCACCCGCUCCUCAGAGGGAGGGGAGAAGAGGAAGUCGUCUCCAAGUUUUGGCCUAUGGCUGAUGGUCCGGAUCGGCGUUGGGAUUCGCUGCUGGAGUCCUGCUGUUCCCACCCGCGCGCCCUCCUGUGGAGCCCACUGUGUAAGCACAGGCCCACGGGCGGCCUCGGGGCCUUUGAGGCGAGAGCAGGGGAGGAGGGCGUGGCCAUGCAGAUGUGGCCCUCAAGUGGGUUUUCCCGAGUCCCCAGGAACCCUACGUCCCGCCCCCGCAGCUUCAUCUCCCACCGCUGGGAGCCCAGGGCUGCGGGAGGAGAGGGGAGGGUGCGGGGGACCGGGGUGGGGGGGAUGGCGGGCAGCUGGACCGAGCAGACCUGGGCCCACCCGCACUGCCGGCCCCGGCUUCUUGGCAGGGACGCACCGUCAGGUGUCUUCAGAGGAAUCUGGUGUUUCCCCCACGUGAACUAAGGGAACAUUUGGGCAAGAAGAAAACAUCCAGGGGAAUCCUUCUGAACAAAAUGGCUGUCUUACUCUUUUUAAGCAAAACUUUCCAAACUUUUUAGUGUCAAAACUGUAACCAAGUGUCUCCUGGUUUCUUCCAAUGUGUUUGGCGAGUGCUGUGACCCUAUUGUAGGUAUUUCUCCUCCUGACUCUUGGGGGAGAGAUGGUUUUAGGGAUUGAUUUGGGGGAGUGGGUUUUUGUCCCACACCCACCUCCCCUUUUGUUUCUCUGCUUGUCGGUGUUGUCUGUGUGGUUCAGAGAAUUGGGGCGGUUACAUUGUGUCCAUUGUUGAGAUUAUUAAGAUAUUACAAAGUAGUUGUAGAACUGAAAAAUUAAAGAGCUGUGUUUCAAAAACUCCCACCAAUAUCACGUUAAUAAAGGAAUUCAAGCUCUGGG